CUAGAGGCCUUGUUUGAGAACAACCUUUUCGAUUAGCGUUAGCGUGUUGGAUAAAAUUUUAAUAAAAUAAAAUUAAUUCUAAAAAUGUUAACACUCGAUAGCCUUUUCAAAAUACUAAUAUUAAUUUAUAAUAGCAUGUCAAAUAAAAGAAAAAAAAUUACUAUUCCGUAUUAUAUAAUCUUUUUAAAACGUGAGAGCCAAAAUAUCAUACGCAUAAGAAGUUAAACAUCUAAGAACCGGACUAUUUGCCUUCGUACCAAACAUCCUUCGUACCAAACCCCGUUUUUAUUGGGAAGGCAUUCAAAUCAAAUCAGCCACAACCCAAAUGGCUUCGCCGGCAGCUUUUCGGACCUGGCGGAUGUUCUCUCCCGUCGUCGCCCGGCCGCUGAUUUACGCUUCCCAUUUCCCCCCUUCACCGUCGCUCUCCUCCUCCUCUUCUCUUUCAGCAAAACCUCUCUACCUUCGGUUCGCAUCUUCCGCACUCUCCGUUCGCCGCGCCGCCUCCACCACCGCCAUGGGUGACGCCGUCGCCGAUGCCAACAUGGACGCUGUCCAGCGCCGUCUCAUGUUUGAGGACGAGUGUAUUCUGGUAGAUGAAAAUGACAAUGUUUUUGGUCAUGAUACCAAGUACAAUUGUCAUCUUAUGGAGAAGAUUGAAUCUGAGAAUCUGCUUCACAGAGCCUUUAGUGUUUUCUUAUUUAAUUCUAAAUAUGAAUUGCUUCUUCAGCAAAGAUCUGCUACAAAGGUCACCUUUCCUUUGGUGUGGACUAACACCUGCUGCAGUCAUCCUCUGCACCGAGAGUCUGAGCUCAUUGAAGAGAAUGCUCUUGGGGUGAGGAAUGCAGCUCAAAGAAAGCUUCUUGAUGAGUUGGGAAUUCCCGCUGAGGAUGUCCCAGUUGACCAAUUCAUACCUUUGGGUCGUAUCCUUUAUAAAGCACCUUCUGAUGGCAAGUGGGGAGAACAUGAACUGGAUUAUCUUCUGUUCAUGGUGCGGGAUGUGAGGGUGCGCCCAAACCCAGACGAGGUUGCGAACGUAAAACAUGUCAACAGAGAAGAGCUGAGAGAGAUACUGAGGAAAGCGGAUGCCGGAGAGGAUGGGAUAAAGCUAUCGCCCUGGUUCAGGCUUGUUGUCGAUAACUUCUUAUUCAAAUGGUGGGAUAAUGUUGAAGAUGGCUCCCUCAUGGACGUUGCUGAUAUGAAAACCAUACACAAGUUGACCUAAAUGCCAUUAGGCCUCGCCCAGCUGCCUCUUAAACCCUGCACGUAAGUUUUGUGCAUUUUGUGUAAUUUCAAUGAUCUAUACACACUUUACUGGAGUAGUAGAAAUGUAACAUUCUGCUUUAUGCAAAUAUAUACUGAUUAAUGUAAUAUCUUUCUUGAAUGGGAUAACCUAUGGUAUACAUGUUUUGCUUUUUUAGCCGAUUUUUCUAAUAAAGUUUAAGUACAUAG